UACUGGAACAGUUGAAUGUGUGCAUUUAUUUCCAUAGAUGACCUUAGUUUUAAUGUUGCUUAAACUUUUUGAGUAGUUUUUUCAUAUCCAGGAUAUACUACUCAAGUUAAAAUGUUUCAAUUGUUAAAGAAGUACAAAGUUGAAAUUGACUAAGCAAAAUAAUUGUGAAAUCCACUGUAAAGUAAAUUGCAAAAAAUAAAAUUACGACCUGACAAUAUAAAACUGUGAAAGCAAUAUCUUUUGAACAAUGGCUAGAUAAGUUACUUGCGAGUGGAUGGCAGUCAGUGAUAAAAAUUAUUUAAGCAAAAACAUUGAAUAUUCUUAUGAACGUUGCUUAUUGAAGUGCCAAAUGUAAUCAUGGCCCAAACCGGUGGGCUAAAUGAGGAGAAAAGGGCUGCUACACGCCAAUGGAUCGAACGGCAAGAACAAUUAGGCAGUGCCGAAAUAGAAGAGGAUGAUAUAUCUUCAUUAGCAGAGUCGUCCAUCAUAUCCAGCAGCGAUGGCGACUACGAGACGGAAGCCGAAGCUGAUUUCGACACUACAAAUGAUACCUUAACAACUAAAAUAUUGGGAAAUCAGUAUUCUCCCACCGAUAUGGCUGUGGUUAUAGAUAAUCUGCGUGAACUACUGAAUUCGGUAAAUAGUGUGCAAACUUUGGAAAAUGUACACAUCGAAAAUUCUUCAAAUGUUAGAAUUGGCAACGUCACAAAUAUUAACGGAAACAUACAGAUUAUACAACGUAUUAAAAGGCGUUUGCCUGAAAUAUCUCGCCAAACUUCAGCCGUAUCAGCAGACAUAGAUGACUCAGCAGGGGCCCGAGGAAAUGUUAGCGACUCGCUACUAUCGCAGGAAAGCGAAGAACAAGAGGAGCGCGUAAAACGAGAUGCAUUCAUCGACAGUAUAAAGUAUAAAAUACCGAAAGAUUUCUGUGCUGUCAUACCACGCAGUACUUGGCUUGCACAGAAGCCCAUGGAAGAUUAUGAUUUCGUACCAGAACCAGUGAAUUUAGUGAUUAUAUCACAUACCGCAACAGAGAGCUCCGAGAAGCAAGCAAUAAACAUACGCAUAAUUCGUGACAUACAGUGCUUUCAUAUUGAAUCACGCGAAUGGAACGACAUCGCUUAUAAUUUUCUAGUCGGCUGCGACGGUAGCGUGUACGAAGGCCGCGGUUGGGGUGUGGUUGGUGCUCACACAAUUGGUUACAAUUCAAAAUCCAUGGGUAUCGCAUUUAUUGGCUGUUUUAUGCGCGAAUUACCAACCGAAGCUGCGAUGAAUGCAUGCAAACUUUUUCUUAAGAGAGGUGUGGAGGACGGUCACUUGGCACCUGAUUACAAACUUAUUGCUCACUGUCAGUGCCGUUCGACAGAGAGCCCAGGUCGUAAGCUGUACGAGGAACUACAAACUUGGGAUAAUUUUUACAAUAUUGGCGAAGAACACGAUGAAGCAUAGUAGGAAAUUACUAUGGUUAUACAUACAUACAGAAUCGUAAGAAAUUAAGCUGGAACGCCGUACGAAGCCUUCUGAAUGUGUUUCUUAGCGCUUUAUUCACCUCAUAUAAAUAGUUAACGAAAAAUAUAGUUGAAUAAAUUGCUGAAAAUGGAACAACUGUGGGAUUUGGAUGUGUAGUUCUAGCUUUAAAUUUUUCGGAAGUUUAUUAUAUUAUAUGUAUAAAGUAAUUGCCUUUGAAAAUAUUUUACACCAGCACAUUACUGUAACAAUAAAUGGUAGAUCAUUGGUAUUAUCAAUCUAAUUAUAUUCUCUCUAUUUACCAUAAGCUAUAAAUUUUGACUGUUUAUAUUUUUAUAUGCACUAGCAUUACAUGCAUUCCAUGUACCUUGAUUUGUAUGAAAUAAAUGUAAGCAUUUUUUAUGAA